GGAAUGACACUACUCAGAGCACUGUCCUCCUUUAUUUUUUCUGUCGCCAUCCUGGCAUGGCAUAAUACAAUCAGUUAUGGGACCUCCACAGGUGCUGGAACCAGGAGUGCUGGGGAUGCUGCAGCAUCCCCUGGCUUGAAGUGGUUUCCAGCACAUACAGGAUUUUACAGUUUGGUGCAGGGCUCUCAGCACCCCCAUUAUACCAAUUGUUCCAGCACCCCUGGAUACCUCUUUGUUUUUUGGUAUCAAUCAUUGGUCUGUUUGGAUGGGAGCAGUGGAGCUGUCUUUAGCUAUGUCUACACACUGAGCACCACAGUGGGACCCCAUGAUCACGACAUUGCCUGGCUUAUACUUGAUGUCGGUUGGAAUAGUGAAACCUGCAGUUUGGCUCUUUGGAUGGUCUGGAAGUGUAGUGUGCUCUACAGGAAUGCUCCGAUUUAUUAAUCUCCUUUUCAGUGUUGGGAACUUCUACUUACUGUAUUUGCUUUUGUGCAAGAUACAUCAUAAAAACAAGACUGUGUCUGGUUUCCAGAGAAUCUUAUCUACAUUAACACUUGCAAUGUUUCCUACCCUCUAUUUUUUUACAUUCCUUUAUUAUACAGACACAGGAUCAGUGUUUUUUACUCUGUUUGCAUAUUUAAUGUGCCUUUAUGGUAACCAUAAAACUUCAGCCCUACUUGGGUUUUGUGGCUUUAUGUUUCGUCAAACAAAUAUUAUAUGGACUAUUUUCUGUGGGGGAAGUGUUGUUGCACAAAAGCUAAGUGAAGCCUGGAAGACAGAAUUACAGAAGAAAAAAGAAGAAAGGAUUUCAGCAACGAAGGGAUCAUUUUCAGAAUUAAUCAAAGUAGUACAAUUUCUUACUGAGUACAUCAUGUCAUUUAAAAACCUAGUAACUCUUAUUGUUUUGACCUGGCCGUACAUCCUCUUAGUAAUUGUGUUCUUUGCUUUUGUGGUAAUCAAUGGUGGAAUAGUUGUUGGUGACAGGAGUAGCCAUGAAGCCUGUUUCCACAUCCCUCAACUGUUCUACUUUUUUUCUUUUACUCUCUUUUUUUCCUUUCCUCAUCUAAUGACACCUAAUAAAAUUGGAAAUUUCCUUCGAUCAGUACGGAAGCACUUGAUUCAAUAUAGCAUACUCAUUGCCAUCUCUUUAUUCCUGGUCUGGAAAUUUACAUAUGUUCAUAAAUACUUGAUUGCAGAUAACAGACAUUACACAUUUUAUGUAUGGAGGAAAGUCUUCCAAAGACAUGACCUUGUGAAAUACAUAUUUGUUCCAGCCUAUAUAUUUGCUGGCUGGAGUUUGGCUGACUCACUGAAAUCAAAAUCUAUUUUCUGGAACUUGAUAUAUUUUGUAUGUGUGUUUGCUGUCACAGUUCCUCAAAAGCUACUGGAAUUUCGUUACUUCAUUUUGCCAUUUUUAAUAUAUAGGCUCAAUAUUCCAGUUCCACCUCUUUCCAGGCUUCUCCUUGAGCUGACUUUAUAUGUUGUUGUGAAUGCAGUAAGCUUUCAUCUAUUUCUGAACAAAACAUUUCAGUGGCCAAAUAGUGAAGAAAUCCAGAGGUUUAUGUGGUGAUUUUGUACUCUUAAGAAGACUCAAUUCUGUGCCUUUUCUGCAAUGAAUAAGUGACUACGAGCCCUAAAAUUAAGUAGAGUGUAUUGCUAUAUGUAACUUUUCGGUGGACGGUGUGGGGACUGAAGUGAGUUGGAUAUUUAUAUUCUUGGAAAUGAAUGUGAGAUUUGAUUUACUGUUUCUACAUGAUAGGGUAUUACACCAAAUUUAUAAGGCUUUAGGGUCCUGGAUUUAAUAAAUAUGGCAUCAGGGAAAAUUCAGAAGUGUUUCCAAACAUUCUGCAAUUAAUGUGAAAUGAGGGAGAUGUUUACAGUCAUAUUUCAUAAUAAUACUGUUGUUCUAUGGUAAAUAUUUAAAACUAUUUUUCCUCUAGUGGGGGCUCUGAAGAAAGACGUAACAGUGAUACUUGGAAAUGUUGGAGUAAAAGUUAAAUUCUUGGUCGGAGACCAGCACAAAUAAAACUUCCAAAAAAAUUGCAAAUUAAUUGGUAAGCAUUCUGAUUUCAGGUUGUAGGGUUUUGUUUCCAAAGUAUUUCAGCAGUUAAAUAUUUGUCUAACAGUAAUGACCGGGUUUCAUAAACAGUAAAAAUCUGCAGCAUAGGUCAUUUCCAUCCAUACCUGUUAGAGAUCAGGGGUUAAAUCCAGUGGAGCCAGGAUUUCACCCCAGAUUCUUCAGGGGUAAAAUUUUCAAAAGUUCCUACUUUCCAAUGACUUUCAGUGAGAUUUAGGCUGCUAAGUGCCUAAGUCACCCUUGAAAAUGUGACCUAGGCUCCUAAGUCACUUAGGUGUUUUGAACAUUUUACCCUAGAUCAGUAUUUAUAAACUCAUAAUGCAGACCUUACUCAUGAACCUUCUUUUUCAGAAAUACAUGUAAUUGUACAACAAAAGAUAAAUUGCAUUUGAUAACAUGACGUGUUAAAAAGGGAGCAGUUUCUAAAACACAUCAUUACACUGUGGAGCUUAGUAUAAUGAACACUCUUUAAAAUAAUAGGCUUUCUCUGUCCUGAGGUUAUGUGCUUAACAAGUUUGCACUUAAGUGGGAUGUAAGUGUUCUCCCAAGUAGAAUUGAUUGUUUCUAAGAUCUGACAUAUAAUCUUAAAAAAGUACCAAUGGCAUUAUUUAAUUGUACUUUUACAUGUUUUUCAUAUAUAUAGAACUAGUACUUUUUUCAUACAAAGGUGUACUGUAUAUGGAAAUUUUUGUUUUUAAAAAAGCACCUUUGUGUAUUUUCAGAAUCAAAGAAUGCUGUGUCUUUUCCCCUCAGUAAAUUACUUUAAUUAGA